CCUCAAGAGGCGGGGCACCCUCCGCGCGGAGGAGGUUUGUCCUGCUCCGGCUGCCGUCCGCUCUCCUGGCCCUCCUUCUUCCCGGGGCCGCCAUAUUGUGGCCGCCGCAGCUCGGGAGCCGCCGCCUGAGGAACCGCGAUGGAAACUAUGGCGAGUCCUGCAAAGGACAACUACCGAAUGAAGAGCUACAAAAACAAAGCCCUGAACCCCGAGGAAAUGCGUCGGAGAAGAGAAGAGGAAGGAAUUCAACUGCGCAAACAGAAACGAGAGCAGCAGCUCUUUAAAAGAAGAAAUGUGGAGUUGAUCAAUGAAGAUACCUCCAUGUUUGAUAGUCUCCUCGUGGAUUCCUACGUCAGCUCCACGACCUGUGGGGAGGGAGUGAUCACAAGAGAGAUGGUAGAGAUGCUUUUCUCAGAUGACCCUGACCUACAGCUAGCAACCACUCAGAAAUUCAGGAAAUUACUCUCCAAAGAGCCAAAUCCUCCAAUAGAUGAAGUGAUAAACACACAGGGAGUGGUGGACAGAUUUGUGGAAUUCCUGAAAAGAAGCGAAAAUUGCACACUACAGUUUGAAGCAGCGUGGGCACUGACAAAUAUUGCAUCGGGAACUUCCCAACAAACAAAAAUAGUAAUUGAGGCUGGGGCAGUUCCAAUAUUUAUAGAGCUGUUAAACUCUGACUUUGAGGAUGUUCAAGAACAGGCUGUCUGGGCAUUGGGGAACAUUGCUGGAGACAGCUCUGUGUGUAGAGAUUAUGUCCUUAACUGCGCUAUUCUUCCUCCCUUAUUAAUGCUCCUCACAAAGUCCACCAGGUUGACAAUGACACGAAAUGCUGUCUGGGCCUUGUCAAACUUGUGCAGAGGAAAGAGUCCACCACCUGAAUUUGAUAAGGUAUCUCCCUGCCUGCCAGUGUUGUCCCGCUUAUUAUUCAACAGUGACUCUGAUUUGCUGGCAGACGCCUGUUGGGCUCUUUCCUACUUAUCAGAUGGUCCCAAUGAGAAAAUUCAAGCAGUUAUUGAGUCAGGCGUGUGUCGGCGACUGGUGGAGCUCUUAAUGCACAAUGACUACAAAGUGGCCUCCCCAGCUUUGCGGGCAGUUGGCAACAUAGUGACGGGGGAUGACAUCCAGACCCAGGUGAUUCUGAACUGUUCAGCCUUGCCUUGUCUCCUUCAUUUAUUAAGCAGUCCCAAGGAGUCCAUCAGGAAAGAAGCCUGCUGGACUAUAUCAAACAUCACAGCAGGAAACAGAGCACAAAUACAGACAGUCAUAGAUGCAAACAUUUUCCCAGUGCUUAUAGAAAUCCUGCAGAAAGCAGAAUUCCGCACGAGGAAAGAGGCAGCGUGGGCGAUCACAAAUGCAACCUCAGGAGGAACUCCUGAGCAGAUCAGAUACCUGGUGAACCUGGGUUGUAUCAAGCCUCUCUGUGACCUGCUGACUGUCAUGGACUCCAAGAUCGUUCAGGUGGCAUUGAAUGGGCUGGAGAACAUCCUGAGGUUGGGUGAGCAGGAGGCCAACCAGAGUGGGACUGGCAUCAACCCCUACUGCAGCCUGAUUGAGGAGGCCUAUGGUUUGGAUAAGAUAGAGUUCCUACAGAGCCAUGAGAACCAAGAGAUCUACCAGAAAGCCUUUGACCUGAUCGAGCACUACUUUGGGGUAGAGGAUGACUCUGCUUUAGCUCCCCAGGUAGAUGAGAACCAGCAACAAUUCAUCUUCCAGCAACCUGAAGCUCCCAUGGAAGGUUUCCAGCUAUAGUGUGCCUGAGAGGGGAAAAAAAACCAAACAAAAACCAAACAAACAGAAAACCCAACAACAAAACACCACAAACUUGAUGGAAAGCAACUAGGAGCAGCUGAUGGUCCCAUCCCCUCCUUGCAAAUGGGAGGUUGGACACCCGCUCCACCUGUUAGGACACAAUUCUUCCUUCAGACAACUAGACACAGUGCUCUGUCCUCACAGAGAGGGGUAGUCUUACAGGUUUUUUUCUUUUUGCUGCUGCGUACAUGUCUUUACAGCCAGGCAUCUGGGUGGAGGAAGGACACUGAGGUAACAUUGCACCUCUUAGUUUUGUUUUUUUCUUUGUGGUGAUCUCUCCCAAAUGUCACUUCUUACCUCGGGUGCUUAAUUGAGAUUUCAGCAUUGGGUUGGGUAACAACAGAAAUAGGAAGUAGGCAUUCUGACAACAGUAAUUCUGGAAACCGGGGUUUGAUCUAUUUAAUUUUUUUGCACAUGUUACUCUUUAUUAAAGACUCUAAUUUGCCAAGAGCAAAGUUUAGCCCUGGCCUUUCUGCAACCCUCCUUCAGCGGACAGUCCUGUUGAACCUGGGCCAAGUUCCCUUGAAAUAUACUGUAAAUGGACAAGAGAAAUGGGAAGUUUUCCCACUCCUGGGAAGAUUUUUUUUUUCUUUUUUUUUGUUUUCUGGGAGGAAGAUUUCUUCCCUUUGUCUAGGUUCAUUUUUUUUGUUUUGUUGUUUUUGAAGAACUGCCAGUGGUAUUUACAAGGAAAAAUAAAAAUAAAAAAGCAACAAGACCCCAAAGAUGGUAACCUUGAAGAGGGUGGGAUGCUUGGGUGGUUUUUGAAGCAGGAAGCACAGCUGCUGUUGCACAGGCUUUGUUUGCAUUGCUACUGAUCAGUCACGGAACUGUUGAAAUGGUAAAACCCAUCUUCAUCUUUACUUGAAAUAUUAUAUUUUUUUUUCCAUGA